AUGGAUAUUAUAUGUACUAGAGAGGUGGAAAGCAUAGGAGAAGGCGUAAAAGAUCUUGAAGAAGGAGACCUUGUGAUUCCAACCUACCUUGGAGAGUGCCAAGAAUGUGAGAAUUGCAAAUCUGGGAAGACCAAUUUAUGCUUAAAGUACCCAUUAAUCCUCGAUGGGCUAAUGCCUGAUGGCACUUCAAGAAUGUCCAUCAAUGGACGAAAAGUGUAUCAACUUACUACAUGCUCAACAUGGUCUGAAUACACGGUGAUAAAUGCUAAUUAUGUCGUCAAGAUUGAUCCAACUUCCUUUCAUGUGGAUUCUCCACUGGAUUUGGGUCCGCUUGGAGGGAAGCUAAUGUUGAGCAGGGGAUCUAGUGUUGCUGUCAUUGGUCUAGGUGCUGUUGGAUUAGGGGCCAUAGAGGGAGCUAGAAAGCAAGGGGCGAGUAAAAUAAUUGGAAUAGACAAAAAUGAGAAGAAAAGAGAGAAAGGGGAAGCUUUUGGAAUGACUGAUUUCAUAAACCCAGAAGGAAAUUCCCAAAAACCUAUUUCAGAAUUGAUAAAAGACUUAACAGGUGGAAUGGGUGUGGAUUAUUGCUUUGAGUGCACUGGUGUUGCACCCUUGAUCAAUGAAGCCCUCCUAGCAACGAAAUCAGGAAAAGGAGAAACAAUAGUGGUUGGUGCAGGAACUGCUCUAACUGUGCCCAUCAACUUCUUACCCCUUUUGUUUGGCGGAACUUUGAAGGGUUCUGUUUUUGGAGGGCUCAAAAUCAAAUCUCAUCUUCCCAUUUUACUUGACAAAUGCAAAAAUAAGGAAUUCCCUCUUGGUGAGCUUUUCACUCAUGAAGUUACAUUGGAAGAUGCAAACAAAGCUUUCGAACUACUGAAGCAACCAGAGUGUGUCAAGAUUCCACAGUACAAUCAAGGCUCACAGGCCCAACACCGAGACGAGCAGGAGCCACGUCAACAAUCGGACUCUUGCCAUUCUAGAAGGGACGGUGGCGACAAGCGAAGGCUAAAGCAGAAUCAAAGAUGCCCGUCUUCUUUAGAUCGGACUCUGGUGGAGCAAAGAGAUAAUCAUAGGCACCUUAAUUAA